AUGAGCGCGGCACCGAGCGGGCGCAGGAAGCGCCCCCGCUCCGCCGCCUCUAUCUUCCAGGGAGGCAAGACCUCGCCACACGGCUGCGACAGCGAACGCCGGGGCAGCGGCUCCGAUGGCGCCUACCAGACCCAGCGAGUCCUGGACGACUGUAAGAUGAUUGUCCAGGAGUUCAAUACCCAGGUGGCUCUCUACCGGGAGCUGGUCAUUUCUAUUGGGGAUAUCUCUGUCACCUGUCCGUCUCUGCAUGCAGAAUUGCACAAAACUCGAACCCGGGGAUGUGAGAUGGCCUAUGAGGCUCAUCAAAAACUAGCAGCAAUUUCUGGCCCAGAAGAUGGUGAAAUUCAUCCUGAAAUCUGUAGGCUAUACAUCCAGUUGCAGUGCUGCUUAGAAAUGUACACAACAGAAAUGCUGAAGUCCAUAUGUCUGCUAGGAUCACUGCAGUUUCAUCGGAAAGGAAAAGAACCUUGUGGCCCACCCAAGAUUCUAGAUAUUAAAGUGGAAGAGAGUUCCGAAGUACCUAUUUUAGAAGACAUGUCAUCACCAACAGAUGUUCAACAGCAUCUAUGGCAGGUUUCCACAGAUAUUGAAAACACUGAAAGAGAUAUGAGAGAAAUGAAAAACCUUUUAAGCAAACUCAGGGAGACUAUGCCUUUACCACUGAAAAAUCAAGAUGAUAGCAGCCUCCUAAACUUGACUCCAUAUCCAUUGGUAAGAAGACGGAAGCGAAGAUUCUUUGGAUUGUGUUGUCUUGUCUCAAGUUAGAAGAUUAAGCACAGAAGCACCAAGAAGAUCAUGACUUUAAUUAAACCACUGUUAUUUGACCACUGAAAAGAUGAACGUUGCUCCUCUUGAUUAUAAAGUACAUUUUCUACACUACACUAUUCAUUUUGCUCUUCUGCUCCCUCCUCAUCUUCAAAUAAGGGAUUUCACAGUGUAAAAUUAUGGUGAUCAAAAAACAGCUGUGGAAUUAGCAUAUUUAAAACUUUUUAAAGUAUGUUUUGCAUGCUUACUUUCAAUUGCUCAAAGAAGACACAUGAAUUAUGGUUCAUAGAUAAUUUUAAGAGGUUUUUUUAAUUGUUUGAAUUGCUGCUAAAAGUUUGUGCAUAGUACAGUAUUCUUAGUAUCAUAAUGAAAUAUUUGGUCAUACUCUUAACAGUCUUUAAGCAUAGAAAACUAUUUAACAGCAAAAGUAUUAAAGUUCUAAAACAUUUAAACCAUAUUGUAACAGAAUUUGCCAAAAUCCAGUUGCUUUUUGUGCUCACAUUUAUAUUUAGUCUUCCAAUUAUCUCAAUUUAAAAGCUUCAUAGAAAAGUAUCUUAAUUUAUGAUACACAAAUCAUAAAUGAAAAAUAGUUAGGACUGUAAAUACAGAGAAAUCAUAAUAACUGCAUACUGUACAAUGCAUAGAAGCAACAGAUUUCCUUUUAAGUCAAUAGUAUAUCUACAAGCAUUUGGAAAAAAUAAAUAAUUUAUUAAAAGGAGGUAUUAAAAUAAACAACAUAAAACACAACACCAACCCAUUUUGUUUCCAAUAGAAUUCAAUAUGCAUGGUGUCUGCAUAUCACUAAGUCUAAAACUUAUAAGGCAUGCCAGAAUCAUCUGAGACUGUAAGAUAUUAAACAAUUUACAUUGUUAAUAAAGUUUUUUAUUUAAUUAAA